AGAGGCAGCAUUCAUCAACGCCAAAUUCAACAAAUUCAACGUGUUUCUCUCUCCUCUUUCAGAUCUCUUCUUUCUACAUUCGCUCAAAACCUCUAUUUACCCAAACCCUAGCCCCCAAAUUGAUACCUCUUUUAAGAUUCGCCGCGAAUUUGCCGCUCCAUUGGUUCCGAAUUAGAUUCUCUUUCACCUCCUAAAAAAGCUUUAAACUUUCAAUUGGAGGAGUAAUGGUUGAGAUUUGUAAUGGAAGGCACUAGGGUGAUUGUCAACAAUGCUGAUGAUGACAGAGAAAAGUGCAGCUCCGGAGACGGGCGGCCGCCGAUUCCGGACUCUCUAUGCGGCCGGGGGGCCUACCGACACUGCCUGGACUCAGGCGGCACGCCGCCUUUGAGAACUAAGGUCCUUGUUCGCCACCCCUCUUUGCAGGUGAGGAGCAGAGUACCAGAUAUUUCAGCUGAACCAAGAAGAUUUAAUGGAGAUGAUGGUGUUACUGAAUAUGUCCCCCUUCUCCGAUCAGGAGCAUGGGCGGAUGUUGGCUCUCGCUCGAGCAUGGAAGAUGCAUAUGUUUGUGCAGACAACAUGAUGAAUGACUAUGGUUUAAAUGGUUCUAGUGACAUGCCUAGUGCUUUCUAUGGGGUUUUUGAUGGACAUGGAGGAAAACAUGCUGCUGACUUUGUGUGCCAUAAUUUGCCAAGGUUUAUUGUCGAGGAUGGGGAUUUUCCGCAGGAUAUUGAUAGAGUUCUGUCAUCAGCAUUUUUACAAACGGAUGCUGCUUUUGCAGAAGCUUGCUCCACAGAUGAAGAUCUUGCUUCAGGCACCACUGCUUUAGCAGCUCUAGUAAUUGGGAGGUCACUGGUGGUGGCCAAUGCCGGAGACUGCAGAGCAGUGCUCUGUCGAAGGGGUAAAGCAAUUGAGAUGUCAAGAGAUCACAAACCUGUUUGCUUGAGGGAAAGGCUUCGUAUAGAAGCCUCAGGAGGUCAUGUAUACGAUGGCUAUCUCAACGGGCAGCUCAACGUUGCUCGUGCAUUGGGUGAUUGGCACAUGGAAGGACUGAAAGGUGAAGAUGGCGGACCACUUACAGCAGUGCCUGAGCUCAUGACCACGAAGCUCACUGAAGAAGACGAGUUUCUCAUCAUAGGGUGUGACGGCCUGUGGGACGUGUUUAUGAGCCAAAACGCAGUGGAUUUUGCUCGUAGAAGACUCCAGGAGCACAAUGACCCAUCGAUGUGCAGCAAGGAUCUUGUGGACGAGGCUUUGAAACGAAAGAGUGGAGAUAAUUUAUCGGUUGUUGUGGUCUGCUUCCAUCCUGAGCCACCACCCAAUUUGGUAGUCCCUCGCGGAAGAGUGCACCGGAGCAUCUCCGCUGAAGGUUUGAAGGAGUUGCAGGGCUUCUUGGAUGACUUAGAUAUUUGAGGUUUAGAUAAGAUCGUUGUGACAUCUUCCUCAAUCUUUUUCUUUAUUAGUCUUGCUUGUUGUUGAGAGAGGAUGUAAUUUUCAACUGUAACAUAUGCGGCUUCUGACAUCAGGUUUUUUCCCUUUUCCAGUUUC